ACAUAAGACGACGACAACGACAACCAAACAGUGUGUUGAUGAGAACGACAUUUUGCGCUUUUUUCUCUCAUCUCAUACAACCGAUACUUGUACUACGUACACUAAUACUUGCAUAACGAGUUCACACGCUCUCUCUCUCUCUCUCUCUCUCUCCACUCGGUUAUUUUCUACUACAGUUGGUAUUAAGAAGAAAAAAAACAACAGUGAAAUGCCUACAUGACAGUCGGCGUUUGUGUGUUGGUUCUGCGUGCGUUUUUCACACACAGAGUUGUUAACGGGGAGAGAAAAAGAAGAGCAAAAAUAAAGCACUCACAACCUAGCAAUCGCCAUUCGCGCGCAUCUCGUUCGUCGAAAAGAAGAAGAAAAAAAAGAAGAAUAUUUCAUUUGUGGCUGAAGUGAUGAAUAAUAAUACAAUUAUUGUAUUUUUACCUAGUUAAAUUGUAAAUUAAAAUAUCGAAUAAUAUCGAUAGCGAAUAAAAUAUUGAUAUUUAUUUAUUUAAACGCCGCCGUCGAUGCGGAUAAGAGACACACACAAGUAGCACCGAAUGCGAAAAAAAGAAAGAAAAAAACCAACCAGAGAGAGGUAAAUAACAAAUCGGAGUGUGUGCAUCUAAUCGUAUGGUAAAGAGAAGACAGAAGAGUGAGAAAACGAAAGAAAGAAGAAAAAAAUCUAUAAACACUCUCGAAAAGGUGAUUAGUGUUGGAGCGAAAGAAAAAAGAAAUAUUACAGUGCAUACGAACAUCGAGUUGAUAAAACAAAACGGAAAAACAAAUUUGAGAAACGCAUUGCAUGCAAACAUUUUUUUUUCUUUCUUUCGAGCGGGAAAAUCGAAACAACGAAGGAACGAACAAAUACACGUUCAAUUUUGUCCAUAUCUAUCUCGGUGUGAAUUCAAAAGUGACGACCGAAAGAAGAACAGAAGAAGGGAGAAAAAAACACAGAAAGAAUUAUUGCGAAUUGCCGAUUGAGCGAGAGUGAGCAAACAUUUAAUGUGCUCAUCGAAUUUGUGCCACAAUGGAUCCAGCAAAAUUGAAAGUUGUGGAAUUACGUGCUGAAUUAGCGGCUCGCGGUCUCGAUCAAAAGGGUGUUAAAGCCAUUUUAGUGUCACGUUUACAAGCCGCAUUGGACCAGGAACAACAAAAUUUGACUGCAGUACACUCAGAUGACGAUUCAUUUGAGCAACAACAACAACAACAACAGCUACAAGAUUCGAGCAUUACCGCAAAUCAAUUUCCACCUGAAGUGCAGUUUGAAGUACAAACAGAACCACCGGUGCUACCAGAUACAUCGACGCAUUAUAGUGAAGAGCCACCGGCAACUGAACCACAAUAUGAGGCUCCAAUAGAAGAUGACGCGCCGAUAUUCGAACAACAACAACAACUACUACAACAGCAACAGCAGCAACAAGAAUAUUAUCAACAAGAAACGGAGGCUCCAUCCUUAAAUCAACAGCAAGUGCAGCAGCAGCUGCAGCAAGAGUCCGAAGAGGAAGAGGAAGACGAUAGUCAGUCCUCACGAAGUGAAAACGAUAGCAAUGCGGACGAGAAUAAUUAUGAUCAAAAUGAUGACAUUUCGAAUGAGCCGGCUGAGCGUCGUCAUGACGUAAGCGAAGCGGUCGAGGCAAUGGAAACAGAAGAAACGGAGACUGUGGAAGAGUUGGCCAAUCAAAAUAUCGCGGACAGCGAUACAAAUCAUGAGCUAAACGAACCAACUGAAAGUGAACAAAUAACAGAAGCGAAAUUAUCAGAGUCAAAUGAACCGAUCGUAGAAGAUGCUGACGAAGAAUCGAAGAAUGGUAACGAAGCCGAAGCAACAAAACGAAGCCCGAGCCAGGACAAGGGGGAAGAAGAAAGAAGCACACCCGAAAAGGAUGCGGAGAAGCAAGAGAGCCGGAAGCGUCGACGCUCUCGAUCGAAAACAAAAUCGAAAUCACCGCCAGCCAAACGGGCCAAUCGACGUGCUUCACCCGCCCGCAAUAUUGACGAUUUCACGAACGAAGAAGACGAACCGGAAUUCGAUGAAAAUGCCGUUUUAUUGAGUUGGUACGAUUCCGAUUUGAAUUUGGCCAUUAACAAGUCGGAUCUAUGCUCGGCACGUCCAUUGUCCGAUGGUGCUCUUGCAUUGGCAUGGGCUGGCGCUCGAUCCACUUAUGGCGUGAUCAAGGGAAAAGUUUGCUACGAAGUUCAAGUCAAUGAAAUCAAUCGAAUACAAAACUUAUCAGACGAACGCAAUUUGUAUGAAUUGCGGUGUGGUUGGUCGAUAGUAUCGGAUAACUUACAGUUGGGCGAGAGUCCUCUAUCAUUUGGCUAUAGCGGUUGCGCCAAAAAAGCCAGCGAUAGUGUUUUCAGCGAUUACGGCGUAAAGUAUGGUUCGCGUGGCGAUGUGGUUGGCGUUUACUUGGAUUUGGACAGUACACCGUGCAUCAUUUCAUAUACGGUGAACGGAGAGCCACAAGGGACUGCAUUCGAAUUUAACAAAGAUGACCUGAAUGGUGCAGCAUUAUAUCCACAUAUUCUAACGAAAAAUCUUGCAUUCACCGUUAACUUUGGCCAAUGUUCAAAGUUGCUUGUUAACGAAGAACGUCCAAAUCGAUCACGGCGCGAUGAAGGCUCACGUCGCGACAAAGAUAAAGACAAACGAAGCAAAGAUUCAACGAAGAGUAGCUCACCGGCCACCACACAAGAUGAACGAAAACGAUCGGACUCCGAGUCACAGAAGCCAGACGACGAGAAAUCGGAAAAGGGUGAUGCGAAUCUGGAAACAAAAGAGCCAGAGACAGAACCAGAGAAUCAGCAAGAUCAAGAGGCGGAGCAAGAGCAAGAUCAAGAGCGAGAAAAGGAGAAAGAGAAUGUGCAAGAUGAAAGCACCGAACAGGAAAAACCAACUGUUUCCGAAAAUGGUGACAGCAAUGAAGCCAAAAAUGGUGAAAAAGACAAACCAAAUGAAUCGCAACAGAAAGAAUAUUCACUACUGCCCGACUAUGAAUUGAUUGGAAAUGUUGGCAUUGAGAAUUUGGUUCAGGGUUACCAACGACCGAAAACUCGAAAAGAAUGCGAAGUCAUUCUUUUAAUUGGCUUACCCGGCGCCGGCAAAACACACUGGGCCACUCAGCAUUCCAAAGACAAUGUUGAAAAACAUUACAAUAUACUUGGUGUACAGAAUUUACUCGAUAAAAUGACGGUAUGUGGAGAAUCAAGGAAAAAGCAUCAUUCACAUGGACGAUGGGAACGUUUCAUAGACUGGACUACACGAGGACUUCACUCGAUUCAAGAUCUUGCUGUUAAGAAACGACGAAACUAUAUUUUGGAUCAGACGAAUGUGUUGGCAUCGGCACAACGUCGAAAAAUGAAGGGCUAUGGUGAUUUCAAGCGUAUCGCUGCCGUUAUAAUUCCCGAUGAUACCACCUAUAAAGAACGUUAUGACAAACAAACCGAAAAGACCGUCUCUGACAACGCACUAAAUGAAAUGAAAGCUAACUUUAUUCUGCCUUCUACCGAUUUCGGUUGGUUUGAUGAGGUUAUAUACACCGAAUUGAAUGAGGAAGACGCAAAGAAAAAGGUGGAAGAGUUCAAUGAAAAAGGCAAAAAAGCGGUGAAAGAAAGAGAACGUGACAAUGAUCGUGGUGAUCGCCGACGAGACGAUAACCGUGAUCGAUAUGGUCGAGACCGAAGAAAUUGGGGCCAAUCAUCGUCAGAUCGUCGUUGGCGACAACAAGGUUCAUCAUCUCAGUGGCAUAAUAGAGGGGUUAAUAGCGGCAGUGGCGGCCGAAGUCGUGACAAAUGGCACGGAAGCGGCAGUGGUGGUGGUGGCGGCGGCGGUGGUAGCAGCGGCGGUAAUUGGGGAAAUCGACGAUAUGACUAUCCGAAUCACCGUGACAGAAGGCAUGAUGAUCGACGUGGCGGAAGCCGAAGUGAUCGUGACUACAAAGAUAGCCGUGAUAAACGCGGUGAUAAGCACGGAGGCGGUGCAUCGAAGCGAGACAAAGACAACCAUUCAAGCAGCAGAAGUAGCUACAGUUCAAAAGGCAGCAGCGGUCAUUGGAACGCAAACAAAUCGUACAAUCGCUCCCAAACGAUGGGCUCAAACAGCCGUGACUAUGGCUCAUUUUCGUCUGUGUCGUCUUCUCAACAGUCUUCAUCAUCGAGUAAUUGGACAGCGGCAACCAGCACUUAUACACCCCAACAGCAGCAAUGGUUGCAAUGGCAACAGCAAGGUCCCCUCAUGCAGACUACGCAUCAAAGCCAACCGCAGCAUCAACAAGCUAACAAUACGCAAUGGUGGCAGCAACAACAGCAACAGACCACGGGCAAUCACCAAGGAUGGCAAAAUUGGGCCCAAUACGCUCAAGCAUAUGGAGUGAAUGCUUCGAAUAGCAAUGGAGCAAACAUGUCAAAGAAAUAAGAACCGAAAAGAGAGUUACAAAAAAAAAAUACAAAUUGAUUUUUUUUACCAAUAGUAAAUUUCUGUACACAAGAUUUUUUCGCUUUUAAUUCAAAAAUAAAACAUUUAAAGAAAAGGGCAUGCAAA